AUGCAGAAAGGUAAAAGGAAAAGUGAUGAAGAUGGUGUUAGUUCACCAAAAAAGAAAAAACUAAAUAGUUCGCAUGAACAAGAUAACAAAGUUAAAAACAUCAAAAACAAAAUAAACCUAAAAGGUAAAAAAAUUAAUAAGGAAGGAGUAAAAGGUUUCAAAAAAUUUACUAAAAACGACAAAGGAUCUAAAUUUGUUAAAACAAAAGAAAAAUCGAAUUUUUCUAAAGAUGAAGCAAACGGAGAAAAGCCAAAAUGGGCUGAAAUGAAAAAAGAGAAAAAACAACUAAGGACUGUCAGACGUAAAGCCAAAAUAACAGCUGAAGUAUUUGAGAUUUCACAUAAGGCCAAGUUGUUAGCAGCACAAAUACAGAGAAAAGUUGUGAAAUCUGACUUCAAAAUAAACUCCUGUAAAGAAUUGCACAAUAUGUUAAAGGGACAAUACAAGUCUAUUGCUCUCACUCAUGAUCUCAGUCGAGUUAUUCAAGUUCUACUAAAACAUAGCCCUGAAGACAUUAUAAAUGAAAUAACAAAAGAGCUUCUAGACAUUAUAGUACAGAUGGGUCAAUCUAAGUACGCGCAUCAUUCUGUUAAGCGAAUACUGAAAUAUGGAACAGAUUUCAUUCGGCAUGAGGUUUUGAAGAAGUUUUAUGGACAUGUUGUAUCCCUGUCAACUCAUGCUAUUAGUGCACCUGUCUUGGAUUAUGCAUAUGGGGAGUUUGCCUCGAAAAAGGAAAAAUGCCACAUGCAACAAGAAUUCUAUGGAGAGAUUUAUAAGAAUACAAAAGACGACAAGGUAAAGACACUCAGAGAUGCAUACAAAGACAGUCCAGAAAUGAAAUCAGCUAUACUCCAGGCCUGUAAGGCCAACUUACAGAAGAUAUUAGACAAAAACCUACAUGAUGGAGAAUUGUUUCAUUCUGUGUUAUAUGACUAUAUCUGUGAAUGCAGCCAAGAAGAUAGAGUAGAUUUUAUUUCUAUUCUUAGCUCACUGAUUGUCCCACUCAGUAAUUCUUUACCUGGUGUCAAUGCUGCCAGUAUGUGUGUUUGGCAGGGUACAAAUAAGGACAAGAAAACAAUUUUAAAAGUGGUCAAGGAACAUGCUAUUCCUUUAAGUAAACAUAAGACUGGAUACCGCCUUCUGAUUGCUAUUUUUGACUCUGUUGACGAUACUGUUCUUGUCAAGAAGACUAUUGUGUCCACUCUGGCUGCCAAUAUAAAAGAUAUUGCUAAGGACCACUGGGGUAAUAUGGUAAUUCACUGGUUAGUAAAACCAAAAGACACAGCUGCUUUUCAUCCUAGUUUAAUUAAGUUUUUGGAAGAUGGUGCUAAGAGUGGAACAUCGAAGAAAGACACAGAAAUUCGUGUUUCAGAGCUUAGGGAAGCUAUAUUACCUGCUCUAAAGAAAGAUAUGGAAACAGAUCCUAAAUUCUGGCUUAGCAAUAAAUCUAAUAUGUUGUUGGCUGUUGCUGUAUUGUCUAUAGAAUCAUCUAAAGAGAUUCUGCAUGCAUUGGCAAAAGUGAUCUGCGAGACUGACUGGCAUAUGCAGGUGGAAGGGAAGGACGAUACCCUGGCGAUUGAGGAUGCUGGCAUACACAUGUGCUUAAAAAAACUAGCCAGUUUAGACAAAGAAAGAUCGGCUGAUACUCUUGGUGAAGCUAUAAGUGAACAUUUAAAUGAUGAAACUAUUAAAGUGUGGAUACGUACAAAUAGGGGUUGCUUUUUCCUAUUGAAAUUGAUAGAGAGUAAUAGUGAAGAAGUAGCUAAGAAAUUAAAGGCGAAAUUAAAAUCACAUGUAAAUAUUUUGAAGCAACAAUCAUCGGAAGGUGCUAAAUUAUUGUUACAGAAUGUACAGAAUAAAUAGUUUAAACUACUCAUGACAUUGUUUAUAAUU